AUGGCGCUCCUUUAUAGCCUGUUAUGGCGGUUCCUGCUGGUUCUGGUUCGCUUUAAGAGAGCGGUUGUUUCCUGGCUACAAAUCCGACUUCGGAGCUGGAGAGGCCGCCUCUGGGAGGGAACCAUCACCGCCCUGCUAAUGCCGGUAGCUGUGUCCGAGUUCCCGGAGUAUCAGAAGAAGACACAUCCGAACGUUAAUGUUGACCCGGUCAGGGGGAACCGAGCUGACAGCAGCCGGGCUCGGUGGCUGUCAGACGGCCGGUCUCUGGAGAAGCUGCCGGCCCACAUCGGCUUGAUGGUGGCCGAGGAGGAGCUGAGCUUUCCGGACGUCGCUAAGCUGGUGGUGUGGUGUAUGGCUGUCGGUGUGUCCUGGGUCAGCGUCUACGAUAACCACGGUAUUUUCCAGAAGAACUCAUCUCGUCUGCAGGAGGAAAUACUGAGGCAGCAGCAAAGCCUGCUGGGUGUGGAUGAAUCCAGGCAUGAGGUGGAGUUAUUAAACAGCAGAGACAAACACCAACACUAUGUUGUGUCGUGUAGGUCCACAGUGAAGGUGUUGUCUCCUGAAGAUGGAAAGCAAACCAUCGUGCAGGCAGCCAGAAAGCUUUGUCACUCUGUGGAGAACAAGGAGAGGAGCUCCAAAGACAUCAGUGUCUCCAUGUUGGACAUACUUCUCAGAGAGUCUAACAUUCCAGACCCAGAACUGGUGGUGAAGUUUGGACCCAUUAACAGCACGUUGGGUUUCCUGCCCUGGCACAUCAGACUCACAGAGUUUAUCUCCCUGCCGUCCCACAGGAACGUCUCGUACGAGGACUUGUUGGGGGCCCUGCAGCAGUAUGGUGUCUGUCAGCAGCGCCUUGGACAGUGAUGUGCAGCUCAACAGCUUUAAACCAUCCCAGGAGACUCCUCCUUCAUGAUGACCAACUCUGUCUCCUCCACUAGAACUGAGAGACCAGCCCAUUUCAUACCAACCAGCUCUUAGAAUAAAAUCCAGUUUCAAGACUUUUGAACUCUGUACCAGUAAUUGUUCCACAAAGUGACACGUUGA